GGCGUGGAAUUAACAUCUCUUCAGUAAAAUUUAUAAAUUUUCUUUCUUGUAAAUGUAGUGAAGAGCUUCUAACGCCAGCAAAAUCUCAAGAAAUCGGAAAAACUUUCAACUUGGAGCAAUAGAGAGCCUUACAAAAGCAACGGAAGAAGGAAAUCUCAUUGGAACCCAAUAAAUUGCCUUCAUGUUCGAACCUCAUCGCAAAAAAUUAAAAAUAUCACAUAAACAACUUCAUUAGCAACAACAACUUUAACAACGCGCCGAUCGUUGAACAAAAGAAAAAACUCAAUUGCACGAUAAAAAAAAAAGUGAAAAAAAAGUAACGAGAGUUUGUACGGAAAAUCGUAACACGAAGAGAUUAGAUGAGUAAUAAAUUGUGUAUUAUUCAACAAAAUCAUAAAGUUUGUUGUUAUAUCACAAUUCGAGCCGAAAGAAUAUAUAAGUCAAGUGAAAAGACGUACAAAGCAAGUUAAAAGCACUUCAAGUGAAAUAGAAAGUGAUUAAUUUACACACAAAACAAACAAAAAAAAAAUGAUCAACACUCAGACAGAGGACAAAAAAGUCGAGACACUUCUGACGAAGGCGCAAGUGAACAUCAUUGAUCUCGCGCAUUGCGGUACCGAAGAAAUUCCUCACAAGUCGGUUGUGAAUAAAGUAGCGCAACAACUGCAAAAAGCACUGACGGAAAAGGGUUUCGCUUUGCUCGUGAAUCACGGCAUUCAAGAGGAAAAGCUUAAAUACGCUUACGAACUAUUGGAUGAGUUCUGCAAACUUCCGGAAGAUGUAAAGGAGAAAUAUUUACGAAACGGCAAUCACAAUCAAGGAUAUGUGAAACCCAAUCACGAAAAAUUCGGCAAAUCCGGCGAAUUGCGACACGCAUUUAAUAUUUGCGCAUUUGCGGAAAAUGGCGAACUCGCAAUUCCCGAAGAUCCCAUUCCCGGAUUUCAAGCUCAUAUGGCGGAUUUGGCGAAGGAAUUUACGAAAUUAGCGAAAUUUAUGUUGCAAGCAGUUGCUGUUGCGCUAAAUUUACCGCAUAACUUUUUCACGGAGAAGCACGAACACAUGUUGAGUGGCGAAGAUGAGAAUUGUACGACGUUCCGGUUGUUGUAUUAUCCGCCGCUCGUUGAGGAUGAUGGCAAGUGUGAACUCAUCAAGGGCAGUUCGACAUACAGUUAUCAGCGAUGCGCAUUAGACAGAUUAGAUAUCCGCCUCGACGAGGAUGACGAGACCGAUAAUGCCGAGGAGUUGUUGAAUCAAAAUGUCACGCGAUGCGGUCCGCAUUGUGAUUACGGGACUUUUACGCUUUUGGCGCAAGACUCGGAAGGCGGAUUGGAAGUCAAGUUACCCGGAACAGAGAAAUGGCAACGCGUUGGGCAUUUGCCGGGAGCAAUUUUGAUCAAUACAGGAGAACUUUUGUCGCUUUGGACACAGGAAAAGUAUCCUGCUCUCCCCCAUCGCGUAAUAAUUCCCCGCCAACAAUACAUCCGAAAUCGCGGACGACAUUCAAUCGCAUUUUUCUGUCAUCCGGAUAACGAAACCAACAUUGUGCCCAUUGAGCCUCAUCAUACACUCGCGUAUCAGCAACAAGAAGGAUCAAGUUCGAGCACGGAAAGUAUCGAACCAACAAAUAAAAAUCGUCGAAAGACUUCCCUGAAAAAUGCCAAAAUAAAAUUUGUGAAUCUCUUUCAGAAUCUACAAUGCCUAUCAGCACGUACAAAAGAGAUUUAGAGAAACGUAUGCCUCGUAAAGCAUAAAAACUCGCAUGCCGUGAUGAUAAGUCGACAAUUGUGAUGCAAAAAAAACAAAAUUUGUGGCCAAUUUUUAUCCCAAAAACUGAAAUUUUUAUCUCAUCAGCAAGAAAAAAUAGGAAAAUUAAGGAAAUUAUCGUAAUGCAGUCGAGAUCAUGUUCAAAAAACAACCAGUCGUCGCACAUAAGAAAAUCUCCUCCAUGCUAAUUCAUAUCGCUGUGACAAUGCUUACCAUCCCAUACAAAAAGCAAUAUUAUGCUUGCCAUGUUUUUGAAUAAUUUUUUUGAUGAAAACCGUUAAUUUAGCAGAAAAAGACAAUAUUUAAUAAAAAAAAAUAAAAAGGCCAGUUAAUGAACUCUAACACAAAAUUAGUGAUA